AGUCCAUCCUGAAGUAACACACAAACUGGCUGUUGGUGACAUAGCGGACGGUAGGAGGAGGAUGGAGAUGCCGGAGAAAUAGCUGACGGAAAAAAAAGGAAAAAAAAAAAGAAACACCGACCCCCGGUGCUUCCUCACCACUCGUUAACAAGCGACAGACCAUGAUUGAGAUGCUUCAAGCCACAGAGCUGAAUACCAAAUUGCCUUCUACUAUCCAGAGAUAGCCAGUCUUGCUGAAUGGAGACCCAGGAGGAAUGACAGAGUCUCUUCCCCCUCGGGUGACGCACCGACAGUCUGAGAAAAUGCACUGGGCCGCUGGAUACGUGUUUCUGGUCCUGGCAUCCCUUAUCACCUCUCACACCGCCGAGGCCUUAUCGGUGGACACGGAUGGAAACCGCACGGAAAACGCCACUGUGACAGACGGCGGAUUUGUCCCAGUUGUGUUCACCAAAGUGAACCAGAUAAUUGCCCGGGAGGGUAGCUGCGCGCUGAUUGAUUGCAAUGUCACCGGAGACCCGUUCCCCAGCGUUCAGUGGUUCAACUCCCAUGGAGACCGCCUGGACACGGAGACGAAUGGUGAGACAGGUGGAAAGUGGUGGCUGCUGGACGCUGGUGUCCUCAACAUCACCAGCAUCGAGUUUGCCGACCGCGGCAAGUACACCUGCAUGGCGUCCAACGUGCACGGCAACUCCAACUGCACGGUGACACUGCGCGUGGUCUUCACUAACGGCGACAUGGGCGUGUACUACAUGGUGGUGUGUCUGGUCACCUUCACCAUCAUCAUGGCCCUGAACAUCACACGCCUCUGCAUGAUGAGCAGCCACCUGAAGAAGACGGAGAAAGCCAUCAACGAAUUCUUCCGCACCGAGGGCGCCGAGAAGCUGCAGAAGGCCUUCGAGAUCGCCAAGCGAAUCCCCAUCAUCACCUCGGCCAAGACGCUGGAGCUGGCCAAGGUGACGCAGUUCAAGACCAUGGAGUUUGCGCGGUACAUCGAGGAGCUGGCUCGCAGCAUCCCGCUACCACCGCUCAUCAUGAACUGCCGCACUUUCAUGGAGGAGAUCCUGGAGGUGGUCGGGGUGGAGGAGAUGAGGCACACCUUCCUCAGACAGGGACCCGAGGGAUGCCGCACUGGAGCGAGCAGGGCCAUCGGGGCGAGAGACGUCUUCACCAUCCUGCAGGAGAGGGAGAGCGAGCAAGACGGGGAGAGGGAGCGCAGCGAAUCCCCCGCCGCCGACUCCGACAACUCCUCAGUUCACGAGCAGCCGCAGCACAUCGCCAUCCAGGUGUCGGUCCACCCGCAGCUCGCCAUCGGCGGUUACUGCAGCAUUGAUGCUCCGCCUCAACCAGAGGCCGCACCCUCCUCGCCUCCUCCCCCUUCCUCGCCUCCUCCUCCCUGCUCGACACCUCCCCCCUCCUCGACUCCUCCCCCCUCUUCCUCCCCACCGCCGACUCCUCUUCACCACGAAGAGCAGCCCGAGCCUGAGGCGGAGGCAGAGGAGGACAUCAACCAGGCUGUGCCCGAACCGACAGAUGCAAAUAAUACCCCGCCCUGCCAGGUGUUCUACGAGAGCCAUGUGUGACGAAACAAACAAACCCUGGAGGAACGACGAGUUAUCCUGCUAUGCAUUUCCACUUGAAGACAAACAAAAAAAAAGGUCAAAACAUUUUUAAUUUCACAUUUUAGAAAGAAACAAUCACAUUUUUUUAAAGUCUUUCUGAACGGAACAAUCUGGAAACAUACGUCGGCUGUUCUGUUGAGAAUAAAUCAUAAGGUUUUUAGAUACUUGAGCGUUUCUUUCUCACUCUGGACUUCAUGCUUGAAUGUACACAGGAGGGGUUGUUCGAUAUUAUUGUUAAUGUAACAAGCAGCGAAUUGUAAAGGGACGUUUCCUGUGGUGUUAAUUUUAAUAGCUAGGACUAUUAUUUAAAGAAUUAGGGUACUUCCCUUCCUGGGGGGGUAAUCAUUUUUGAGUUUUUAGUUUCUUACAGUGCUAGGGUUUAUAUGACUAAUUCAAGAAAUCUGCCUCAAGCUGCUCUUCAGGCCGGUUUUAAAAAAAAAACCCACGAAAGCUAAGCUUCCUUCAUCCGCUCAAGAAUUCACAUCCAGCUGCUGUUUAAAGCUGAUCCGCUGUUAUUGUACAAUGUUCCGCUCACCUAGAGAUGCAUGCUGGACUGAAAAAAGAUUGGUAGUGGCAGAGUGUGGUCACCAUUUCAUGAUUGUACGGCCUACUGUAUUUCUACAAAAACCAACAAAAAAAACAACAACAAAAAAACAAAUAAGUAAGCCAGGUGAAUAUUUGUGUGUACAGUAUAUUUCCUGAUUGGGUCACACACCUCUGGGUAGAGUUUUUGUCUGUUUCCUUUGAAAUAUUUUAACGAGUAUUAUUAUUAUUAUUAUUAUUAUUACCCAUUGUGGUGUGAUUUUAUUUCCCAGCUAGUUUAAGCUAGUUUUUAAAUAAGUCUUUUUUUUGUCUUCUUCCUCCUCAGUAGAGAAGAGUAGCUUCUUUUCCUCCGCCAUGUGCUGUCUUAGGUUUUAUUUUUUGGUUUUUAAUUCCUGACCUGAUCUCAGCAUCGUGUUGCUUUUGCAGAGGCUUUACAGUACAGUUGCAUUUCUGCUGCAUGUGAAAGAGGACAGUAGAGAUGUUUGACGUCUCUCUCUGGGACUAAAAAAGGACUCUUCUUUCUUCCUUUUGCUUGGCUAAUGGUCCAGUCUGUGGCGGAGAUGAACUGGAUGCUGUUCUUCUUUUACCGGUGCUCUUGAGAUGCCUCUUCUUUCUUUUUUUUUUUUUUUUGUAGUGGAAUAAAAUUGGAAGUGCUGUGUAAAA